AUGUCGUUCCUUACGCGUGUUUUCACAUUCUUAUUUCUUCUGGUGUUGACGACAAAUGCGUCGCCACAUCAGGUCAAUGCCAGGGACUCGUUCUUCAAGGCUCAUAUCCCAUCCUUCUCUUUGGGCUCUCGAAGCGAUGCUGAUCCCUUCCCGGCCGGCCAGUUGUGUCCCACAUACAACGCAAGCACUUUCCAAACGACCUCUGGCUCAGUCUUCGAGAUCAAUUGCGGCUUUGAUUUUGCCGGUGGAGAUUUGAGAAUGGUCUACGUCGCGAAUCUGACAGCGUGCACUCUUGCUUGUGCUGGGACUAAGGAUUGUGUUGCUGCCAGUCUCUCCGGUUCGGCAUGCUAUCUCAAGUCGAAGCUCGUUUCGACCGCCUCAAAGUCCUUCAGUACAGUCAGCACGUCAAGCAGCACAGCUUCUGGAUACGUGGCAGGCCCCCAGACGCAGGUUCCUUCCUGUCCAUCAUCGAACUCGACUCAAUAUCUUGCAAAAGGUGGUGCUGUAUUCGCUAUCGAAUGCUUCGUCGAUCGUUACGGCAAUGAUCUGAGGAUGAUAUAUGUAUCAUCAUUCCAAGCAUGCAUCGAUGCGUGUUCUUCUACCCCAGGAUGUGUAGAUGUUUCUCUGAGCGGUGCUGCAUGCUAUAUGAAG